AUGGAUAUCUCGUACCUCACCAGCAAGUUCAAGGAGAAGUCCAGAAGCACUCUCACCAGAGGCGUGGAGAUGUACCACGACAGAGUUUAUUACUACCAACCUCCCCAAUUGCCUGAAAACCAAACGCUUUUCGAUUCCCAGCAUGGCUAUCAAGACCAUGUCCAUAUCAGUAGCGACGAUGAGACUAUUCAAGCAAGCCAAACUGGUUCUGGUCAGUCGAUUCCCAAUGCUAAACCAAGAUUGGCUCAUUACUAUUACGAUAAACCAACUCCAUAUCGAAGACUAGGCUCGCCUGAAAAUGCUAAAUUGUACGCAGGAAACACCAAAUCCAAGGUGUUUGAUUUCAUGGAAAAAUUGAACAUCCAAGACCAGGCUGCUGAUUACGUUUCCACCCACGUAAAUAAAGACCAGGCCAAAUCUUUCGCUAAACAAUACUCGAAGGACACUGGGAAGUAUUUGUUCCAGCAAAUCAAAAACAAUUUCAAAAAAUGA